AUAGUUCACGGUGAUAAAAUUUACUGAAAAAAUGCAGUUUUUAUGAAUGUUCUUGUUUCGGAACACAAUAGCCGCGGUAAGGAGUGGAUAUGUGAAUAUAUUCAAGUCACGGGCUCAGUAGCUCAACGUGCGCGGCCUUGAGUGCACGACGUGCAGACUGUAGGGCUUAUCUUGGUGCGGCACCAGCGGCACGCUUCACUUGAUCAGUGACCGCCGCCGCGGCCGCAGCACCGAGCGCCGACCCGCGACCCGCCACACGCCGCACGGCGCACGCUCGUCUUGUUUACAUACGAUAUGCCGGCACGCUGAGCGCUUGACCGACUCGUGGGAUUCCCAAUUUUUCGAAAACGCUCUUUUACCUGGAACAGUCAGUGUUGAAGCAGUGAAAAUGUGGAUCAGUGUAUAUUUGGUUGUGAUAAUACUUUUAUUAAUCCUCUUACUGGCAGUUUUUCAUUACACUAGCAAAGGAAGAAAAUAUUGGCUCCGCAGAAAUGUGCCGUACAGAGAACCUUGUCCAAUAUUUGGAAAUUUUGGAGCGACGUUUACAAUGAGACGAAGUUAUACAAAAAUGUUGCAAUAUUUUUACGAUAAAUAUCGGCAUGAGAGAUACGUAGGCAUUUUCCAAGCUCGAAGGCCAACAUUGAUGUUGAUUGACUUGGACACGGUGAAAAAUGUUCUUUCAAAAGAGUUCGCGAACUUCAGUGAUCGGGUGUCGGUGUCGACGGACACGCAGCGGGAGCCACUGCUACGAAACUUGGCUAACAUGAGCGGGGCAGAGUGGAAGGCGAUGCGACAAAUAGUUACACCAACUUUUUCAUCUGCUAAAAUGAAAGCUAUGUUUCCUCUUAUAGCAGAUUGUGCUAAUACGCUUAAAAAUAUUCUUCAUGAGGAAUCACUGGAUGAACUCGAUGUCCCUAGUAUAAUGACUAGAUUCACGACCGACGUGAUCGGCAGCUGUGCUUUUGGUGUUGAUCCCGGUUCUCUAAAAGAUGUUGAC